UAGAUUUGUAAUACAGGUUAUACAAAUGCACCGCUUUAUUUCACAUGUUCACGGUAAGGAACUGGAGAACACACUGUAGGAUUAUACAAAAGGGAAUAGAAAUCUGUUACUCAAGCCCCAUUUUUAUUGAUAAACCUGGUGAUGUCCAAACCUCGACCUUCUGUUUUCAUCUUCUUCCACUAACCUUUCAUUUCCUCCUCGUUUGCCUCUUCAUCUGACUUUUCCUUGCUGCUCCCAGGACUGCUUAGAACCCUCUAGUUCUCCUUUCUCCCCUCCCAUCUGUAUGAUUCCUGUUGCCAAAAUCUGGUUCCUGGUAAAAGACCCCGUGGCUGGGGCAACCCCAGAGCUGUGUAUGAUUCUAAUGAACUGAAAGAGCAGAUAUUAAGUUCUCUGCCAGACAAAGGUGAGGCACCCCCAGGGUCCUGCCGGUAGCCAGCUCUGAUCUGGAAUCUACUGGAACUAGGGAGGACACAACCUCAGUUGUGCUCGUUCCCCUUUCUGGUCUUAGAGAAUCUGGGAGAAUCUGCAGGGAUCCUUCCAGAUCCAGAAAGACCCUCAGUCAGCAAAAGAUGUUUGGCUUGUUUAGAACCCACAUCUGGAAAUGACUUGCCUCUCAUCUGAGAUAGUUGAGAACGGCCAACUUUCAGCCCAAAGGGUUACUAGAAAAGCAAAUGUUGUUCAUUUCUCGCACUUCUUGCCUUUCUCCGGAGAGAAAAAUGAAGCUUACAAUUAGGCGGGGAAAUAAAACACACAAGCACGCACUCACGCACACAGAGCAACGUGGCGUGCUGUUCAUUGUCUAGAUGCUAGGGAUCCCAGGAGACAGGAUAGCACCCAAAGUGAAUAGAUCACAAAUAGGAGAACCCACAGAAAUGGGUAAGAACGUGAUAGAAAAAGCCAAGCAUAGUAAAUUUUAUUUUUUUAUUGUUGAUUUAGGAGGAGAGACAGAGGGAAUAUGGGAGGGUUUAUCAGUGUAUAUCUGAAGUAUAAAACACACCUAAUCCUUUGCGCCGUUCUGUGUGAGUUUCCAUAAUCUGACCCGCAAUCCCUGCCUUUUGCUGAAGUGUGUGCACCUCCCCUUUCCUGACUGGCAGCCUGGGGGUGAAUCAAGAGGUUUUGAAUAGAGACUCCAGCCUUUGCGAGCCUCGUGGCCUUGAGCGAGUCAAACGCUCCUCAGAACAGAGUCGCCACCCCUCCUGAGGCUGACUGUGAGGGCGGCCUCAAGAGCCUAGCAAGGCGUCUGGAACACGGCCCCUUCCCUCCCCCCUUCCUUUCCACUUUCCCCGCUGCCUCCUGGUCUUCACAGCAGAACUGUGAAGGACUACUUUCUCCUAAUUUACUCCUGAAUCACUCAGUUUGUUCAGCUCCUUACUUGUUAAGGUGAAGUGGCAACUUCCAAGCUCUUUACCUGCGGAACCGGAAACCAGAAGUCCAUCCCUGGCAAUUUACAAAGAGCCUUCUAAAAUUACAGAUUCCCGGGCCUCACCCCUGCGGUGGAAUCUCGGGACGGGGCCCAAGAAUCUGAAUAUUUUCCAAAGUUUCAAAGACUGUUGUGAGGCUCAGUGGCGGAACUGGGAACUGCUGCUCCAGUAAAGGAGAGACCUCUGAGGACUUACAACCCAGACAGCUAUCAUGAAAUAGAGAAAGUAUUACGAGAGGGGUACAGUAUGGAAGGACAGAGAGAGAGAACUGUUCUCUGGGAGAAAAGAAACAUUUCCAAAGGAUGAGUGACUUUUACACUAGUCUUGAUGAGAGGCAGAUCACCAGAUAAAGAGACUGAAGACAUUCCAGGUAUAAGGAAGAGCAUCUGCAAAGGCACAGAGGACGGUCCCAGUAUUCCAUUGAAGGGACGUUGUAAUAAUCCUUACGAUGCUGACUGGAAGGUGGAGACCACCCAUGACACAAGGAAGCAAUUUCAAACCCAUGGCUCUAUGAGGCCCUGACACUGCAGAUAAUAACUUAUUAAAAGGAUGAAGGGGCACCUGGGUGGCUCAGUUGGUUAAGAAUUGGCCUUCGGCUCAGGUCACGAUCCCGGGGUCCUGGGAUCGAGCCCCGCAUCGGGCUCCCUGCUCCUCCCCUUGGCUUGUCCUCUCUGGCUCACUCUCUCAAAUGAAUAAAUUUAAAAAUCUUUAAAAAAUCUUAAAAAAAAAAAAAAGGGAUGGAAACCCCUACACAAAGUAAUGGUAACCCUGUAAUAUUUUCUGUAUCUGCCAUAAAAUCAAGCCCACCCCAUUCACACCAGUUUCCUAGGGAAUGGCAGUUAGGUGGAAACUGAAUCUUCACUUAACUUUUUAGAGAAACUUCCUCUGUAAAUACAGGUCCUUGCUUCUUUGUGUUUAAUCCCUGAUCCCCAUUGGCAAGCUCUCCUGUGUAAUCUUCCAGAACAGCUGGGCCAUGAUUGCAUUGUCAAUUAUUAAAUGCCCAAGUUCCUUGCAAGGCAGCAUUUAAUCAUGAGGCACUCCAAAAAAAAUAGGAGAUAGAAGAGGAGGGACAGGAAGGGAGGCAGGAGGGUGGGAAGGCAGUUUCAUUCUGUCAACAUUAAACCAAGGGGAUUUGGGGCACAGAUGUCAUCCUACAGUCCUUCCUGACAAGCUGCAAGACGCUGACCGCGGCCAAGAUGGAACUCCCGAAGGGCUCCUCUGGCCAACGGACAUUCCUAUCUGCCCUCCUCAACAUGCUAUCACUCAGCCUCUCCACAACAUCCCUGCUCAGCAACAGCUGGUUUGUGGGCACACAGAAGGUGCCCAAGCCCGUGUGCGGAAAAGGUCUGGCAACCGAGUGCUCUGACAUGCCGGUGCCCUUGGAUGGGAGCAGCACCAACACAUCUUCCCAGGAGGUGGUGCAAUACAGCUGGGAGGCUGGGGAUGACCGCUUCUCCUUCCAUACCUUCUGGAGUGGCAUGUGGCUAUCCUGUGAGGAAACUGUGGAAGAACCAGGGGAGAGGUGCCGAACUUUCAAUGAACUCACACCACCAACCCAGAGAGGUGAGAAAGGACUACUGGAGUUUGCCACGUUGCAAGGCCCACGUCACCCCACUCUCCCAUUUGGAGGGAAGCGGUUGAUGGAGAAGGCUUUCCUCCCCCACCCUCCCUUGGGGCUUGUGGCAAAGAUCCUAUGGUUAUCAGUGGGAGCCCACUUCUCGUCCAUCGGACUUGAAUUCGUCAGCUUCCUCCUGCUACUAAUGGACCUGCUGUUCACCGGGAACCCAGGCUGCGGGCUCAAGCUGAGCGCCUUCGCUGCCAUUUCCUCCGUCCUGUCGGGCCUUCUGGGGAUGGUGGCCCAUAUGGUGUAUUCACAAGUCUUCCAGGCAACUGCCAACUUGGGUCCAGAAGACUGGAGGCCACAUGCUUGGAAUUAUGGCUGGGCCUUCUACACGGCCUGGCUUUCCUUCACCGGCUGCAUGGCAUCAGCGGUCACCACCUUCAACACAUACACCCAGCUGGUGCUGGAGUUCAAGUGCAAGCACAGUAGGAGCUUCCAAGGAAAGCUGCGUUGCCUGCCGCACCACCACCAGUGCUUCCUUGAGCAGCCGUCCUGUGCAGCCCCCACGGGCCAUCCCCUGACCAGCUACCACCAGCACCACCCUCAGCCCGUCCGCUCAGUCUCUGAAGGAGCUGACUUCUACUUAGGGCGACACCACAAGGGAUUUCAGCAAGAACCCAGCCAGAGGCUAAAGGAAGAGAUGGCUGGGUCAUCCGUAGAGGAAGAACUGUAUUAGAAGUAGUCAGGUUUAGAGGGCAGGCGGAACCCAACCUUCCAUGUUCAUUUGCUAUCAACAUGUACUGAAGCCAGAGUCUGUUUCUUGAGCAUGGUUUUCACAGGUUCAGGACAAGCCUAUCUAAAGUGCAGGUCCAAAGGGGUGCAUGCCAGGGCACCACUGCCCCUCUUCCUUCCCAGCGCUUUCCUUCCCUUCCCAUGUCUCGUUUCGCCACCCCCCCUCCCGUGUUCAGAAUCACCCCCUCUCCUUUACUGAUGGCUUGUUAUGCGCCACGUUCCGGGCUCAGCAGCGGAGACAAAAAAGAGAAGUAGAAUCCAGUUCCUGCCCUUUAGGGGCUUCUCCAUCUGGCCCUCUAUCUGGGAUUUGGAGGAAUGCAGGCGGACAACUCAACAGUCGUCCAUGGUGGCUCAGCCUUCCCUGGUGCACUUGACUUUUCCUAGAAGUCAUAGAAUGGAAGACAAAGAGGCCCUCCUGGGGCCGAUGUCCUCCACACUGCCUAUUACAGUGUCCCACACCCACAUGGUAGGGACCCAAUGGAAGUUUAAACAUUAAUCUAGAAGCCACCAGGGGACUAGUACACAUGAGAAGGCCCCCACAGCAUGCAGGGACAGGUCCACUUCCAGAAAUGGUCCACUGUAGUUAUUCGUAGGGGAUUUAUGGUAAGGGACACUUCCGCAAUGAACAAGGCCACGGCAUACACUCCCCUCUGGAUCCCCAACUCACCCACCCACCUGUUCUUCCUCUUUUCCAUAAGGGAAAACAAACCAUGGCGAUGGCUAAGAAGAAUGAGAAUGACACACAAGUGUGUUU